UUUAGUUCCCGCACGGGGUUCGGGGCUUCAGACUGCAUUAGGAGAGCAACUGGAGCAGAGCAACACAAAGAAUAACGCCCUUGACCUAGGUCGUCCAAGACUGAGGUACUGGGAGCCAUUUACACUUGUCAGGCGAGGCCGAGAACAGGAGGACCAUCGCCUUCACGUUCGCGCUCAGGAGACUGACCGAAAUUUCGCCCCGCUCUUCGAGCGCUCUCUCGGCCGCUCUUGAGAAUGGAGAGAUCCACCAGGGAGCUGUUCCUCAACUUCACAGUGGUCCUGAUAACCAUAAUCCUCAUAUGGCUUUUGGUGAGAUCCUAUCAGUACUGAGAGACUAUAUAGCCAAAGCUCUUCGGAUUAAACCGCGCCGAGCGUCUACGGGAGCAUGUGACCGCUACCGUGCCGUGGGGCGGGGUGGGGGGAAAUCUCUCUCUCUGCGCCCCCAGCUACGAAUCUCGCAACCCGUGGGAGCUAAGCUAUGAGGCGAUUUUCCCGUUCUCCACAUUGUCUGCCGCUUGUGUUUAGCCCGACGGUCUUCGACCGGUUCUGCGUCGGUGGGAUUCUAGGGUCUCCAAAAAAAUGCUGCCUUCACAAGCAGGGCGGGUCGGCCGGAGGCCGUUAGAUUCGUUCCGCAACUCUGAGCGUAAGGGCCAGUGGGUCGACAAGUCUCCGCGUCGGUUUUGGAAUCGGGUUGAUUUCUCGUCCGGGGAUUGUAAAUGCAGUGUAUUUGACCUUGCAAAUUGUUACUGAGUCAAAUGGCCUCAGAGGGGGGAAAAUGUCAAAUCCGUUAUUGUCACGUCCUAUUACUUUCACCGAAAUAAAAGAAAAAAACGUAAAAACGGA